UCUACAUACACCGACCAUAACAGACCCUAAGUUCAUAUAUUGAAAUAUGUACAUACGAUUUUAGUACUUUACAACAAUAAACACGUUCUUUUACCCUUUUACUUAGUUGAUAAAUGGGCAUUGAGUUCAUUUUCACUGAUGCGACGUUCGUGAUAAAACUUUUCAGCAUUUACUCUUAACAAAUCUGACAAAACACAACACAAUAUCAAGAUUAAGACAUGCACUAAUGCGAUUCUAUCCUUCACAAGAAGCACAAAAUAUCUGAAUAAUAAUAUUUACCAUGGAUCCACCUAAACCAACAUCACCACCAGAAAAUAAUGAACGAAGAGUUUUUAUGAAUAAUGCAGAUUGGGACAAAAUAGCAAUUCAUCUUGUUGGUACUCAACAAAGAUUUAGAGAAAAUAUUAUAAUUCCAAGGACAGUAGGGCCUGUGCAAAUUAAAAGUAAUGAAGAAAAACGUAUGGAAAGUAUAGCUGAAAGUUGUACCUUCAAAAGCAUAUGCAGUUGUGUCAUAGGAUAUGCUUUGGGAGGUGUGAUAGGAUUGUUUACAGCUAGUGUGAAUCCAAAUUAUGCCGCUGUUGAGAAGCAGCAAAGUGCCCGUGAAGUGCUUAGAGAAAUGGGAAGCACAACAUCAAGUUAUGCAAAGAAUUUUGCUAUAAUUGGUUGUGUAUUUACAGCAAUUGAAUGCUCUAUAGAAUCGUGUAGAGGUAAAAAUGAUUGGAAGAAUACUGCAUAUGCUGGUGGUUUAACGGGUGGAAUAUUAGGAUUAAGAGCUGGUGUAAAGGCAGGUAUAAUCGGAGCAGCAGGUUUUGCAGCAUUUUCAACUGCAAUAGACUACUAUAUGACUCAUAGAUUUUAGAUAAUAAAUGUCACAAAUAAUAGUCGAUAUAUUUGUAUAAAAAUUGUAUAAAACGCACGCUGCGUGUAUUUGUACAAUACAUACAAUAGCGCGACACUGUUCUUAGUACAAAAAUGCAUACAAAUAAGUACAAUAGUUCAGAAAAAAAUAAAUUCACGUAAUACAUUAAUAUUUGUUUCUUUUACAUUAUUUG